GAGAAGUAGUACUCGUAGCCGUCAGCCUUAUACUGAGGUAGACCCGCGCGCCUGGCUUUAUAACUCUAACCCAGAAUCCUGCAGCUCACCUCGCUCAUCUGUGGCAUCCACUCAGUGUCUUAGGUUGAGCUUUGUUCUGUCAGCAUGGAGGAUUCGUCAGAGCAUUCCCACUGGGUGUCUCCAGCUCUGCUCAGCUCAGAUCCUCUGGCCAGUUUCUCCUCGGAGCCCGGCCUGCUGCCUCAAGGAGAGGAGGGAGAGGCCUUCUUCUCCAGCCAGGACCAUGACCUUGCCAGCCUCCCCUCUUUCUUCUCCGCCCCGAGCCACAGCCGAGUGCCAUCCAGCUACAGACACAACUCGGUCCGUCAGGUGUUCAGCUCGCCGAGCCUCCUCGGCAACCUCCAGCUGCUGGACGGGCCGGUCAGCCACUCUCUGAGCUCACCCUACAGCACCCCGGCCUCCACCUGGAGCAGCCCCAAGCUGCACUCACACACCCCAACAUCCCUCUACACCCCUGGAAUCACCUCCUCCUUCACCACCUCCAGAGACGGAUACUCGUCCCCAGGGAGAGAUGGCAGGGAGAGCCCCCGGCUUCAGGAGGCCUUGAAGGCCGAGCGCCUGAGUCCUCUGGGGGGGUCUGGGGCAAGCAGCAGCUUCCUGAACCUGACCCCUGCUGCUGGGAGUGUGUACACUCCUUCCUCCCACCCACACAUGCUGAGCCCCUACAGCUCAUACAUGACAGGCCCACAGGACUACAACUCUGCCGCCCUCUACUCCAGCCCUGGGUCCUGGAUCAGCCCCUCAUACUCACCCAAACUCCACAACAAGAUGCGGAUAUCCACUCCAGAGGCCAGAGAGUGUGUUAACUGUGGAGCCACAGCUACCCCUCUGUGGCGCAGGGAUGGUACAGGCCACUACCUGUGUAACGCCUGUGGACUGUACCACAAGAUGAACGGCCAAAACAGACCACUGAUCCGACCCAAGAAGAGACUGAUUGUCAGCAAGCGGGCCGGCACACUGUGUGCCAACUGUCACACCAGCACGACAACACUGUGGAGACGCAACGCCAACGGAGAGCCUGUGUGUAACGCCUGUGGACUCUAUUUCAAACUGCACAAUGUCAACCGUCCCCUCACCAUGAAGAAGGACGGCAUCCAAACCCGCAACAGGAAAGUGUCCAACAAGAACAAGAAGAGCAAGAAGGCGCCCAUGUUUGAGUCGUACUCAGACAUGACUCAGCCGUCCUCCCUGGACGCCAACGGUGGGCCCUUUUCCCUCGGCCCCGGGACCCUCCUCACCUACAGCCACACGCCGCACCUCAUCCCAACACAGUCACCGCUGCAUUCCUCUGCGACCUUACCCUACACACACCACCUCAGCUCUGGCAUGGUGCCCACACUGGUGUGAAAUGACAACGAAGGCUUGACUUGAAAGCUGUGAAUAUUCAGGAACCGGAUCGUGUGCUUGCUUGUCAGUUAUUUGUGUGAAUUUGUACAUACGUGUUUCUACACACGAAUGAGGUUGUCUGUUUAAUUUCAACUGUAUUUUAGGAGGAAGCACUAAUUAUGUUGAUGUUAUCUUGAUCCAGUGCUGGUUUGAUGUCAGAUAAGGGAAUUGUUGCAGCUGUAAAUACAAACACAAAUCCGAUUUGACUGCCUUGUCCGGGUAAUCCCUCAUCUUUUAUUCAUAAUGUGAAAUUAUACUUUUUGUGUUACACAGAUGGGUUUUGUAUUUGCAAAGUUGAUAUUUGAAACUCCACAGAGAUAAUAAUAAAAUGUGUGACCGAUUCUGCUGGGGUUAUGAAGG